GAGUCGUGGUGCGUCUCCUCCUGGCAUCCUGGCCGUUGGACUAUGCUGUGUCUGUCCCCUGCGUGGCGCCUCCUGAGCCGAGCUCAACGCCGCGCCGCUCAGCCAGCUGACAUGUACGCCACCCGUCUCUACGGCAGCAUGGGGGGAGGAGGAGGAGGAGGUGGGGGAGGAGGAGGGGUCAAACAGGGCCGGAGGGCGGGGCUGGCCGUGCUCGACGCACCUCACCCCCACCUCCCCCAUCACCCAGCCCCGCCUCCCCCCGCCUAUCCGCUGUACCAGGGUCGACCCGAUGCCCACCGAGGGGCGCACUUCCACCACCACUACCACCCGCAGCCCGCACACCUGGCCCCGCCCCCGCUGCCCCCUCACUACCAGCACCACUUCCACACGUAUGGUGCUUCAGCCACAGGGGUCGCUGCCGCCUCCAGCAGCAAGAAGAAGACGUGGAACUUCAUCCACGAGAAGAUGAGCUACGACACAUUCUUCACUAUGAAGCGCCUGAUCGAGCGCUCGCGGCGCCCCGACGAGGUGCUGCGCUGGGUCACCCAAAACCCCGCCAAGAUCUCCCACAACCACUACCCUGUCGCCCUGCAGAAGAUCGGACAGUUGCUGCAGGCAACGCUGCCACCACGAGGCGCAGGGGACGACGCCGAGGCCUCGGGGGGAGCAGGAGUAGCAGAGGGAGGAGAUGGGCGCCAGAUCCUGGAGCACCAGGACUUCCAGACGCUCUGCAGCGCCAUCGUCAACGACUGCGCCAAGUUCGACAACUUCAGCAUCGUGAACUGCCUGUACGCGGUGGCGGCGCUUGGUCUUCCCAGUGACUCUCAGGUGGUCCAGGUGUUGGAGGCGGAGUCUCAGUCCAGACUGAACCAGUUUAACCAGAAGGACUUGUCGAUGGUGUUCAGCUCUAGCAUGAAGCUGCACCCGGGCAGCCAGCACCCGCUGACCGAGGCCUGCCUGGCCGGCCUGGAGAAGAACCUGGAGAGAGAGCGCCACCCGCAGACGCUCUUCCUGCUGCUCUCCUACUACAGACUCAAGUGGCGCUCGCUGCAGCCGCAGGAAUCCGCCACAGGGGGCGCUGACACCACCACAGGGGGCGCUAACGCCGCCACUGCCGACAGCAACAACACAUGUCCAAACCCCGAACAGCUGCUCGCCAACAGGAAGAUCUUGCGUCUGGUCAAACACACUCUGGCGAGUGUCAGCGGCGUUCGCGACCAGGAGAUGGCGCUGCUGGACGAGAUGUUGGCGGCGUGCGUCCGGGAGGCGAGCAACAAGAGUCUGGAGCUGAUCUUCAGCUCUCACCUGUUCUACCAGAACAGGCAGGAGAGGUUCAUCAGCAGCCUGGCAGGUGACACGUCACAGUACACCGGGUACACGUCACAGUACUCAACGGGUACACGCCACAGUACACCGG